GUCAGAACAUUGAUUUAUGAACAUUGGCAUUUCACUAGCUCAUGUGUCUGGAUACGUCAUGUAGCUCUAAUAGCCUUCACAAUUCUCCGUAAGAAUUCUGAACAUUUUCCCAUCCAUAAUGUCCGACUUUGUCAAACCCUCCAAAUCCCAUUUAAUGACCUACCGUAUCGCCCGUGGCGAACAAGGAGUCCUAACAUACGAACCCUACAAAUCCUACCUCCUCCCACACUGGCGUUUCCGGACCGUCUCUAUCGCACGUGCCUCCUCACAGACUCUCUGGCAGAAGUUCCUCGAGUUCUACGAGCAAAAUGACUUUGUGGGAAUGGAUAUGAGUAGGAAGUUCAUUCAGAUGGGCAUGACAAGGUCCAAGAGGUAUGCGAAUUACAAGGGCGGCAGAAAGUAUGUGGAUGGCAAGGAGAAAGGGGAAGUGAUUGAGAAGAGUAAAGGCCAUGAGGGGAAGGAAGAGAAGGAGGAGGCGAGUCGGAUAUUUAGAGAGGUGUGGGAGAGGUGUAAGGAGCAUGAGGGAUAUCAAGAGAUGAAGAAGACGUUUUUGAAAGAGCAGAAGGAGUGGCUGGAAAUGGAACCAGGGAGGGUGAAAGAAGAAGACGAUGAGACGAGAUCUUCAGCAAGACCAACUAGCAGACAAAGCAGUAGACGGAAAUGUCAAGCAGAGGAAGAGAGCAUCAAGCAGGAGCUUUCUCCGAGAUUAAAGUCCGAAAAUGAUUGACAUUCCAUUCAGCCUGGUAUCUCCC